AAGGGGCAGGCACAGUGUGCUGAAGCUUGGAGCUGUUCCUCACAGUAAGCGUCUCUCUCUCUUUCUCUCUCACUCUUCCCCCAGUCGUCCAGCCAGACAGCAAAGGAGAAAGGGAAGGCAGAGACACCAGGGGAGGUCUGACGACACCAUCCCACCUCACCUACACUAAAGCCACAGACUGAUAAAAGCAUGCACGCAGCCUGCUCUCAUCUGACUUUGAUCCAGAGGAACAUCAAGGUUUUAUAACGAGACUGAGUCACUGAAAGUAACGUGUGCACGCUUCACUGCCAGGACGAGAUCUUAAAGGAGCUUUGGGGGACUUGGCAUGUCUAAGUGUCCGUGUUAAGAGUCUGCUGUGGCUUUCAAUACUGGCGGUCCAAUGUGAGGAUGGAUGACACAUGUUCCAGGCCAACGGUGUUCUUCACCGUUUUCUGAUCCCACUUUAAAAAGGAAACUUUCAGCCAAGAAGAAGAAGGAGAAGAAGACGACACAUCUGAAGAAACAAAAACUCAAUUGUAACUUUUAAAUUAAAAGAUGCUGUGGUACAACUUUGGCCACCACUUGCUCUCGCUGGCGGCCCUUCUGGUAAUUGCGAGCUGCGGAGGAGGGGAGCCAAGAAGAGGGACGGAAAGCAGCACCAGUGGCACAGGUGGCAGCAGCAGCAGCAGCAGCAGCAGUGGAUCAAAUGGCAGCAGCAGCAGCAGCAGUAGUAGUAGUAAUUACAGCAACAGACGUUUCCACAGGAUCCAGCAUGGCCAGUGCACCUAUACCUUCAUCCUGCCUGAGGAAGAGGGAGCUGGCGGAGGCUCGUGCAAGGAGGCAAAAGCCGGUAGCCCGCAGUACAACGCCAACUCCCUGCAGAGGGACGCUCCACCACCUGAGCCAGAGUUUCCCACCCAGAAGAUCCAGCAGCUCGAGAACAUUAUGGAGAACUAUACCCAGUGGUUGCACAAGAUUGAAAACUACAUCAAAGAGAGCAUGAAGACAGAGAUGGCUCAACUGCAGCAGAGUGCGGUCCACAACCACACUGCGGCCAUGUUGGAAAUGGGCACUAACCUCCUCUCUCAGACGGCAGAACAGACGCGCAAGUUAACCGACGUUGAGACACAGGUCCUGAAUCAGACGUCGAGGCUUGAAAUCCAGAUGCUCGAAAAUUCUCUUUCCACUAACAAGUUGGAGAAACAGUUAAUGGUUCAGACCAAUGAGAUCAGCAAACUGCAUGACAAGAACAGCCUCAUGGAGCAGAAGAUGCUUGAGAUGGAGAUGCGACACCAUGAGGAGCUGGAGACGCUGAAGACGGAGAAGGGGAGUCUCCAGACCUUGGUAGGGAGGCAGAGUGGGGUUAUCAGGGAGCUCGAGACCCAGCUGAGCCGAGCCACGGGAAACAGCACGGCCCUGCAGCGACAGCAGCAGGAGAUGAUGGACACCGUCCACAACCUGCUCAACCUCUGCUCCAAAGAUGGAGUUGUUCCUAACAGUACGAAAGUGGAAGAAGAGGAGAAGAAGUUCCGUGACUGUGCUGACCUCUUCCAGGCCGGCUUCCAUAAGAACGCCAUCUACAACAUCCAGCUCAACUCCCAGGAGACCAAAAAGGUGUAUUGCAACAUGGAAACAGCAGGUGGCGGAUGGACGGUCAUCCAGCGCAGAAAUGACGGCAGCGUGGACUUCCAGAGAACGUGGAAGGAGUACAAGACGGGUUUUGGGAGCUUGUCUGCAGAGCACUGGCUGGGGAAUGAAUAUGUUUAUCAGUUGACCAGCCAGAGGCAGUAUGCCCUCCGUGUUGAACUGACAGACUGGGAUGGACACCAGGCCUUCUCUCUUUAUGACCGCUUCCAAAUUGGCAGUGAGAAACAAAACUACAGGCUGUUCCUGAAAAGCCACAGUGGGACUGCAGGGAGACAGAGCAGUCUGGUGAUCCACGGAGCAGACUUCAGCACCAAGGACAUGGACAACGACAACUGCCUGUGCAAGUGUGCGCUCAUGCUCACUGGAGGUUGGUGGUUCGACGCCUGCGGUCCGUCCAACCUUAACGGCAUGUACUUCACCCAAGGGCAGCACAUAGGGAAGUUGAAUGGUAUCAAGUGGCACUACUUCAAGGGCCCCAGCUACUCGCUACGAGCCACGGCCAUGAUGAUCCGCCCACUGGACUUCUCAUAGUCCUCUGAACUUCUACCUUCCGUGUAGAAUCCUAUGAAGGGACACUUCCCAUUUUAUCCUCUCGUCUCAUCUCAUUUUGCUGGCCAUGGGAGUCGUCCAAUAAAUCAUUUACUCCACGUGGUCCUUCGUCCCCGAGCAGCUGCUACUGCUGUGCUUACUGUUGCUUCAUAACCUUUCCCCUCUUUGAACUGUCAUGAGGAGGAAGACGGCUGCGAGAGACACUUUUGAUUUCUGUUGGGUUUUCCCUCACCUGGAAUCUGCGCACAUUACGAGCACGGCGUGAGGUCAGCUUGAAGGGUGACGUCAAGCUGCAGACCCUGCAUUUAUUCCUGGGGGCCCCUAAUACAAAAGGACUUGACUCUCCUGUGGAUGUGAAGCAGCUGUCACAGAGCGGCAGUGGCUCUUAAACUGCAGCACAGAGCGUUAUUAAGGACACAAAUGAGAAACGGGGCUUGUUUUUGUAAAGUAUUGCGCACAGAAUUAUGUGACUGUGUUAUAUUUUAGUACUAUUGUGAUGUAUACACUACCCAACGUGAGAUAAAAUUGUCUUUUGUAAUGUACAGAGUUGCUGACUUUGUUAAGGUGACCUUGUAAUCCACGUGACGACGUGUUGGUUGUCGUUACUUGCAGCGCCGGCGGCAGUUCCACAUUUGCCGUCUUGACGUGUGGGUGUGAUUAUUUUUAGAGUUCAAAAUGUGAGGUUAUUAUUGGAUUAAAUUCUGGGCCCGGAUCAAUGUAGCUCCACGAUUGGCCGAGAAACGUCUCGCACCUGCCAAGAAUCGAGUCGUGCGAUCGCUUUACCUCUGCUGAAUAGGAAAAACAAGGACAUUCAUUUUAUUAGCGAUAUGUCACAAUUACAUCUGUGUGCUAUGGGGGGGGGGUGGAA